UUUUGCGCAGAGCUUAGACUCCGGUGGCAUCCGAGCGCACAUAGAAUCAGCUCCAGCUCCAGCUUCAGCUUCAGCUUCAGCUUCCAGAAUGGGUCUGCGCUACUCCCAGACCAUCCCUGCGGUGCUUCUACUAUUAAUUGCAAUAAUCGGAAUCCUGCUUUUAGUUAUUCCGACUCAGGAGAUCCAGAAGACUCCAGAACACGAGUUUGGGAUCGUCCUGGAUGCGGGCUCUUCCCACACUUCCAUGUACGUCUACAAAUGGCCGGCUGAUAAGCAAAAUGGGACCGGUAUUGUCACGCAGCACGACGAAUGUCACGUAAAAGGUGGGGGGAUCUCCAGCUACGAAGGUGUUCCUGGUGGAGCCGCGAAAAGUCUGGAGGAGUGUCUGCAACAAGCCAUGAGGAACAUCACCAAAUCCAAGCAUCACCAGACUCCGCUGUAUCUGGGAGCUACAGCAGGGAUGAGACUGUUGGAAAUGGCCAAUCCUGCGGAAUCAAUGCGGAUACUGAAGGAGGUGGGCACCAAACUGCAGUCUUACCCUUUCAGCUUUAAAGGGGCAAACAUCCUGAGUGGGCAGGAGGAGGGGGCGUACGGCUGGGUCACAGUCAACUAUCUGCUCGAAAACUUUGCAAAGUAUGGCUUCAUCAGCCGUUGGUUAAAUCCGGGAAAACCAACCAUCGGAGCUUUGGACUUAGGUGGCGCUUCCACUCAGAUCACUUUUGAGACCUCCGAAAAGAUGGAGAACCCGGAAAAUGCAAUGGCGCUGAAGCUUUUUGGACGAACCUACAACCUGUACACCCAGAGCUUUCUGUGCUACGGCCAAGACCAGUUCCUCCGUAAACUGCUGGCUCAACUGAUCAAGGCUCAGGGUGUUUCGGACCAGCUUUCCCACCCCUGUUAUCCUCGUCAGUACAAAACAUUCAUCUUCCUGGGAAAAGAUGUGUUUAACUCUUCAUGUACUGUGAGGGACAAACCGCCCAAGUUUGACCCUCAGAAGAACAUCUCAGUGGUGGGGACCGGAGAUUACCAAGUCUGCCAGGACACCAUCAAGAAGAUGUUUUCCUUUGACAACUGCAAAUAUUCACGCUGCAGCUUUGAUGGAGUCUUUCAGCCCAGAGUGUCCGGAAGCUUCAUGGCGUUUUCUGCAUACUACUUCACUUACAGCUACAUCAAGACCCUCACCAAUAUCUCCAUCACAUCCCCCCGUCAGAUGAAAGAGGGAAUCCAACGUGUCUGUAACAUGUCCAUCACUAAGAUGAGUGAAAAGACAAAACAGCCUGAGAAAUACAUGAAGAAUGUCUGCGCCGUCUCCAACUUCAUCCAGAUCCUUUUGAUGGAGGGCUAUGGUUUCAAUGACACUUCACUGCCUUCUGUCUCCUUCCAGAAAAAGGCGGGAGGAGCGUCUGUGGGCUGGGCUUUGGGAUACAUGCUGAGUCUGAGUAGUCUGUUACCAACAGAGAGCGUCAGUCUGAUGAAGGCUUUACCCCCAGGCCCAUGGGCCGGAAUCCUCUUCCUCUUCAUCGUCCUCCUCCUCAUGGCAGUGGUGUUCUUAGUGAUAACCUUCAGACAGACGAGGACAAAGAAUGGUGGCAUGGUGUAAAAGAAAUAAAUCCAAAACUUUUGCUUAUAAAGAUGUUUUCGUUUGUGUACGUACAAGAAAAAUGUGCUAAAUUCAACCUCAUUCAACACUUUUUUUAAUGUUUUUGUCUGAUAAAUUGCAUUUUUUCAGGGACUGAACAUGCUGAAAAACUCAUCCAACACUGCACAUGCAUCAGACGUGGAAAAAAAAAAAAAAAAAAAAAAAAAAUGUGGGAAUGAUUGUGGGAAAAAUACGGCUUAAUAGCGCUCCCUA